AUGGGGGUGAGGAGCGCAGGGGAUAUGAAGGUGGAGACAUCUGCCUGGCAGGUUGUGCCCGUGGCAGGCAGCAGUGGCCCUGCAGGACGAGCGGAGGAUGCCGGCACCAGGGGCAGGCUGGCAGGGAGCAGGGCAGGCAGGCAGGGAGCGGGCAGAGCCGCCCUCACGCCACCAGCCCCACAAGAAAAGUACUACACAGCCCUGGUCAACGGAGACCUGAAAAGCCUGGAGGUGCUGACCGACAGAUACUAUAAGGACGUCAACCUGGUGUUUGAGAUCAGUAAAAACGAGAUGGAGUGGCAGGUGAAAAGCCAAUCAUCUUAUGGACUCUCAGGGCUGUGGUCGCUGGAGUACAAGCAGGAGCUGACCACCCCACUGUGCAUCGCCGCCAGCCGUGGCCACGCUGCCUGCCUGCGUCACCUCCUGCUGCGACGUGCCGACCCCGACCUGGCCCCAGGGGGCCGCGCACCCCUGCAUGAAGCCUGCCGGGGGGGGCACACGGCCUGCGUGGAGCUGCUGCUGGAGCACAAGGCAGACCCCAACCUGCGGAGCGACGAGGGGCUGGCCCCGCUGCACCUCUGCACUACCCGCGACUCCUUGGGAUGCGCCAAGCUGCUGCUGAGACAUGGUGCUGCCGUCAACCUGCCCAGCGAGGAGGCCGGUGAGACGGCGCUGCACGUGGCGGCGAGGCACGGCCUCUAUGACCAUGCCCACCUCUAUCUGCGGCACGGCGCGCGGGUGGAUGCCCGCAGCGUGCGGGAGGAGACGGCCAUGGGCGUCCUCUGCAGCCACGCGCCCGGCACCACCGGCAGUGACGACGAUGACCUCCUGCGGCUCUGCCGGCUGCUGGCCGCCCAUGGCGCCGACCUGGACGCCCGCGACGAGGGGCACCGGAGCCCCCUGCAUAAGGCGUGCAGGGCUGCCAACUCCACCCUGGCGCGGUUCCUGCUGCGGCGUGGGGCCGACGUCAAUGCCAUUGACUAUGACGGGCUCUCGCCGCUGGGCUGUGCGCUGCAGGCUGCGGCCUUCCGCAGGGAGCGCAGGCCGCACCAGGCUGUGCAGCUGCUGCUCAACCACGGGUCGCAAAAAAUAUGGCCCCCCGCCUUCGCCAAGGUGCUCAAGUCCUGCGCGGCCGUGCCAGAGAUCAUUGAAGUCCUCAUCAACUCCUACUCACAAAUCCCUGUCUCUGAGAAGUGGGCCGAGGUCGUGCCGGAGGAGGUGAUGCAGCAACACCGGCUAUUCUACGAGUCCUUUUUCCGGCUGUCGGGCACAGUCCGGUGCCUGCAACACUUGUGUCGCUUCGCCAUUCGGAAAAAGUUUGGCAACAAAUGCCACUGCCUGAUCCCCUUGCUGCCUGUGCCCAAGCCCUUGCAUGACUACCUGCUGCUGGAGCCUGAAGGAGUCGUGUUUUGA